AUGAGAGCCACUGCGCCGGCCGCCAGGAGAUCAUCGUGCGUCCGUGCUGGGAGCCAGGUGCCCCAGCCCUUCCACCUUCCACGGCUCCACGCCUUCGUUUGCAGCGCGCAGCGCGCCCGGCCACCGCCCUCCGCCGGCGCUUCGCCUCCGCGGCCGAGCGGCACCGCCCAGGCCCCAGGCACCCACACCGGCACUGCCCAGGCCAGGCCUUGGCUCUGUCUCUACGGCCAGCUUGUGUAUCUCUACUGUGAUUGUGCUUGCUGUGACCAUCCUCCUGUUCGAUGGAACCGUGCAGUGAUGUCCAACAGAGACGAGGUGUCUGUUGUUGUCAAGUGCUUGCGGCUUGGCGCCGCCGAGUACCUGGUGAAGCCGCUGCGCACGAAUGAGCUGCUGAACCUUUGGACCCAUGUGUGGCGGCGGAGACGGAUGCUUGGUUUGCCCGAGAAAAACUUCUUCAAUGACAACUUCGAGUUGGUGCUCUCAGAACCUAGCGAUGCCAAUACCAAUAGCACCACCCUCCUCUCAGACGAGACCGACGAUAGGCCUAAAGGAAACACGAAUCAAGAAACAGGCACCUCAAAGCAACUUGAAUACGAGUCUAAUCCUUCAGUUGCUGAGCCCGACCAGAGAGAAAAGAUGGAGGGUGUUCCAGGCUCUGCCCUAGAUGCCAGUCAAAAAUCCUCUCCGAGAAGAGCGUUUUCACGCCCUAUAAAAACUAACCUGAGGGUUGCCGAGUCGUCUGCAUUUCUAGCAUAUGUCAAGUCAAGCACCCCAGCCACCAGCUCAUUUGACAGCGAAUUACAAAGGGGUGGCAGCCGAUUAGAUUCCUUGGAUAACCAGGGUAAUUGCUCUAGCGCAACCGAUAGAAGUGACACCGGUACUGAUGUAAAUAUUCGGAACAAAGAAGCUUUUGAGAUGCCUGCGCAGUACCCUAUGGUAUGGUUUUCUUCCUCUAACAUGCAUAUGGAGCGAAGCAGCGAAGGCCAUAAUGAUACUUCAGGAACUCCACCUGCAUACCAUUUCCCAUUUUAUUAUCCAGGGAUGGUAGAGCACAACAUGGCACUUUCGUCGGCGCAAGAUUUUCAAGCAAACAUAAACAAUGCUCAAGCACAUACACCGCAAGAAGGCACAUUUAAGAUUUGCCAUUAUGCAGGGGAGGUUGGUGAAUUCUGUCUUGUUUUAUCUUUAAGCUAUUUCUAAUCUUCAACAUCCUCCAGAUCUGCAAGUUUGCCCAUUCAAUAGUUGAUUAUAUACUAAUUUGCUGUUGUAGCUCUUCUAUAUGCAACAUGAUAGUGGUCCUGAUUGGCUGAUUUUCAUUCCAGGUGACAUAUGAUACAGCUGGGUUCCUGGAGAAGAACAGAGAUCCACUACACUCUGAAUCGAUCCAACUACUAUCAUCAUGUAAAUGUGAACUUCCAAAACAUUUUGCCUCUGUCAUGGUUGCUGAUUCUCAGAAUAAAUCAAGUCUGUCAUGGCAUUCAGUAAUGGAUACACAGAAACAAAGU